AUGGCCACUGAGAACCCAUCAACCGGCAAGAAGGUCAAGGACUUCUUCAUCUUGACAUACUGCUGCCUCAGUUACUUUUUCAACUACCUGGACCGCGCUGCUUUUGCCAAUGCUUAUGUUGCUGGCCUCCGCGAGGCCUUGCACAUGAAGGGCCAUGACUACAACACAGUCCUUUCGAUGGCUAGUGCAGGUGUCAAAAACACAGCUCAGCUCUGCGUUAUUCGGUUCUUCCUUGGCCUGGCAGAGGCUAGCACCUACUCCGGAGCCAUCUAUAUCAUGGGCUCCUGGUAUAAGCCUGAAGAAAUCUCGAAGCGCACAGCCAUAUUCACCGCGUCAGGCCAAGUAGGCACGAUGUUUGCUGGCGUCAUGAUGGCUGCCAUUUACAAGGGAUUGGGUGGCCUUGCCGGUCUUGGUGGCUGGCAGUGGGUCUUCAUCAUUGAUGGGAUUAUUACGCUUCCUAUCGCUAUUUUCGGCUUCUUCUACUUCCCGGAUAUCCCUGAGAACACAAGCGCUCGGUAUCUUAGCGAUUCUGAGAAGAAGAUUGCCGUUGGACGUUUGCCUCCAGUCAUCAAAGGGUCACACGGAGUCAACCCGUUCUCUCUCUUGAAGCGCCUAGUACUAAUGCCCACGUUUUGGGUUUUGGUGCUGUGGUCUCCAAUCUGCGCUACACUCGAGGCUUGGGUUGUCCAGGGCAACUUCAUCCUUUGGCUCAAGUACCACGCCGAAUCCUUCACGCAGAGCCAGAUCAACACCUACCCUUUGGGUGUGCAAGCGGUCGGCAUCGUAACCAAUAUCAUGGCAGCAUGGCACAUGGACGCGACCGGGACCCGGGUGCCCAUGGUCGUACUGGUUUGUCUUAUCCAGAUCGUAUGCGCUGCGAUGCUUCUCGUACCGAAUCUGCCUUACGCUGGUACCAUGUUCGCAUUCUACGCAUCGGGUUCGUCGUACAUGGUCAACCCGUUGAUCUUCGGCUGGGCUAGUAUCAUUCUCCAACGGAGCGGCGACGAGGCGGUACGCAGCGUGACGGUGUACGCUAUGAACAUUGGUGCCACUACGCUUUACACCUUCUGGGGCAUCGUCUUUUACGCGGCUGAUGAAGCCCCGUAUUGGAAGAAGGGUGCGAUUGUUAUGAUCGUGUGCAGCGUCAUCGUCCUUUGCUUCAUGGGACUCGUUAUCAGGAUCGACAGGCAAUCACUUGCAAAAUAUGGGUCAAUGACGGUGGAAGAUUUCGAGCAAGCCGCCGCAGCUCGAGAGACGCAGACGCCGCCUGAAGGUGAGAGAUCCGAUGAGAACGAGGAUCAGAAGAACACAGUUUCGGAAAAAGUGACGCCAAUCUGA